CUCUAUAAUAGAGCAGAUGCAGAACUAGUGGACGACGCCCAUCUUAGUACACAGUUAGCUAGUCACCCAAAUGGUUACGCUAAGUGUGCCUGUGGCUGUGGUCAUGCCUUGGUUAGCUCUCCUGCUCAUCUCCGUGCUAGCUGCCCGGCUGAUCCAUUUGCUAUUGAUGAGAUGGAACAGCAGUAGCCCAUACAAGGUAGCAGGGGCGGCAGCUGCAAGGCUGCCGCCGGGGUCGAGGGGCUUCCCCGUCAUUGGCGACACGCUCGAGUUCUUCAGCCAGAGCCCAUCGCUCGAGCUGGUCCCCUUCUUCAAGCGACGUCUUGAACGGUAUGGUCCAAUUUUUAGGACAAGUUUGUUCGGUGAAGACCUCAUAGUUUCCAUGGACAAAGAGCUGAACAACUUGGUGUUCCAGCGAGAGGAGAAGCUAUUCCAGAUCUGGUACCCGGAGUCGGUCAUGAGAAUAUUUGGAGCCGACAGCAUCAUCUCAAAACUUGGGUCCUUCCACAGGCACAUGAGGAGUCUAGUCCUUAGGCUGUUCGGCCCUGAAAAUCUCAGGCUAGUCAUGCUCCAUGAUGCUCAGCGAACGGUCCAGACCAGCCUGCUCUCGUGGCUCAAUCAACCCAGCGUUGAACUGAAGGAGGCAACUGCAAGUAUGAUAUUCAGCAUCACAUCAAAGAGGUUAAUCAGCUAUGACUCCUCAAACUCAGAUGGGAAUCUCUGGAAGCAAUACGAUGCAUUAUUUCAGGGAAUGCUAGCAUUUCCACUCUACAUCCCUGGCACAGCAUUCUACAAAUGUAUGCAGGGACGAAAGUAUGUCAUGAAGAUUUUGAGGAAGAUGCUAGAUGAGAGGAUGAGGGCGCCACAUCGGGAGAGUGUCGACUUUCUUGAUCUACUGAUCGAUGAUUUGAAAGAGGAGAAGCAUUUAAUGAAUGAGAAAAUUGCGUUGGAUUUGCUCUUCUUGCUGCUCUUCGCCGGCUUUGAGACCACGUCAUCCGCGAUAACUGCCACAGUCAAACUCCUAACAGACAAUCCGAAAGCCCUACAAGAACUUACAGAGGAGCACGAGAACAUCCGGAAAAGAAGGGUUGACCCUGACUCCGAAAUCACAUGGGAGGAAUACAAGUCCAUGAAAUUUACGUCUCAUGUCAUACACGAAGCAUUAAGGCUGAUUAACAUCGCUCCGAUAAUGUUUAGAAAAGCUACAGAGGAUGUUCAUGUAAAAGGUUACAUUAUACCAAAAGGAUCAAAGAUCAUGAUUAACCCUUCUACUGUUCAUCUGGAUCCUACAAUUUACCAGGAUCCCAAUGCAUUCAAUCCAUGGAGGUGGAAGGGUACUGCUGAACCAGUUAGUGGUGCCUCCAAGGAAUUCAUGGCUUUUGGAGGCGGGCUGCGGUUAUGUGUUGGUUCAGACUUUGCCAAGCUACAGGUGGCUAUCUUCCUUCAUUGCUUAGUUACUAAAUACAGAUGGAAUGUGAUAAAGGGAGGAACCAUGGUGCUUUCUCCUGGACUACAAUUUCCUGGUGGUUUUCACAUCCAACUUCUCCCAAAAGCUUGAUUCGUGGUGUUCAUUUCUGCAAUAUGGACGAUGUUUCUAUGCAUGGCACCAGAGGAUAUGCAGUGUUGUCAUGUUACUUAUUUUGUGGCUAGUUAUUGACUUAUGGAACGCAAGAUUGCUAAUAAGCCCUUUUUUGAGUUGUUAAUAAGCUUCUCCUAUGUAGCAUAAACUAUGACUCAAUUUGUUUCUGCUUCCCAUAUUUGGUAUA